GCAUAUUCCGGAACCCCACACUGACUCCCCACGUUCCACGUUCCACGUUCUACCUUCCAUAUUCCACCUUCCGUGUUCCGACUUCCAUGUUCCAUGUUCCAUUCUUCACAGUAUAAGUCCUCAGUCAGUUAAAAGCCUUUGUACUGCACACACGUUUGCAGUGCCCAAAGAUUGAGAAAAGGCCACAAUGACACGCUCUGUGCUCCCUCAAAGGACCCAAGAUGACGAAUCAAGCUCUUCGGACAGAACAUCCUCGUCCGAAGUGCGCGUCCCAAAGAAGAGGGUCCGCCGCAGACAGAGAUUUGACCCUCUCGUCAGAGCGGCGUUGCUCGCCCGAUACGAAAGAGCCGAAAACUCCGGGCAGAGUGUCAUCAUGACUCGAGCAAUGAAGAAACUCAGAGACCAAAAGGAAAGGGAGCAAAACAAGAGGAGGCGAGCGGCCCUCGACUACCCUGACGAUGAUUCAGCGUCCACCUCAGCAGACCCUGAGAGCUGCAACACCUCUGUGGAGGUCGUUGGCAAGAGAGGCGACAAGAGGAAGGUCGCCGCUGCUGAUGGAGGACGGAACAGUAAGAGGAGGAGAACGGACACCGAGGACCGAGAGCACCAGGAAAGAAACAGACAUGAUGACAACACAAGCUCGUCGUCCGAAGAGAUACAGUCACUCGUCGACAACGACUCAGCGUCCAACCCAGCAGAACCUGAGAGCUGCAACACCUCUGUGGAGGUCGUUGGCAAGAGAGGCGACAAGAGGAAGGUCGCCGCUGCUGAGGAAGGACGGAACAGUAAGAGGAGGAGAACCGACGCCGAGGACAGAGAGCACCAGGAAAGAAACGGACAAGAUGACAACACAAGCUCGUCGUCCGAAGAGAUACAGUCACUCGUCGACAGCGACUCAGCGUCCAACCCAGCAGAACCUGAGAGCUGCAACACCUCUGUGGAGGUCGUUGGCAAGAGAGGCGACAAGAGGAAGGUCGCCGCUGCUGAGGAAGGACGGAUCAGGAGAAAGGAACAGACAAGAAAAAAUCAGCAAAAAAAGAACAAAGAAGCGUUCGAGACCAAAUAUGAAGAACUGGAUUUCAUCAGCGGGGGAGGAUGUGGAUCAGUGUACGCCGGCUUCCGCAGAGCCGACGACCUCCCCGUUGCCAUCAAACACAUCCUGAAUGAAAUGAUCCUCAUCACACAUGACGACGAAGAAGGGAACGUGAUCUCCAUCGAGGUGGCCAUCAUGCAGAAGCUGGCCGAAUCCGAGGGGCCAUCGGCACACGUUACCUUGCUUGACUGGUACCAGUUGGAGAAAGAGCUGGUGCUGGUGAUGGAGAGGCCGAUGCCUGCUGAGGAUUUCCAUGACUACCUCAGAGAACUAGGAGGCUGCAUAAAAGAAGAUGAAGCCAAGAUCAUACUGAGGCAGCUGGUCGAUGCGGCGCUCGAUCUGGAGAGCAAGAACAUUUUCCACCGGGACAUAAAGCUGGAGAACAUCCUGAUUGAGACGAGCUCAGACGUCCCGCGGGUUCGCAUCAUCGACUUUGGUUUAAGCUGUUUCGACGAAAGGAAAGAGACUUACCCAGACUUUUGUGGUACUCUCCUCACACCAGAGUUUUACUGCGAAACUGGGUUCAAAGCUGGACCCACCACAGUGUACCAGAUCGGAGCGGUGCUGUACAAUGCCCUCCACAAGAAGGAGUUUUUUGACACCAUCAAGUUCGCAUCCAGGGCUCAGUUCCUCCCCAGAAGGAUCUCCAAAAAAUGCAGGAACUUCCUCCAGAUGUGCCUGAGAGUCGACCCCGCCCACCGGCCAACGCUGGAGCAGCUCAGGAAUCACCAGUGGCUUGAAUAAUCAGAAGACCGCACCCCACACACACACACA